UGAAAUGUUUAUGCACUGAAAAUUUAUUUAGUCACUGACUUACAUUUGUUUUGUUUCAAAUGUGAGAUGAACGACAAUGCUUUAGAUUAAUAGCGUAAAAGUAAAAAAGAGUGAUAUCUGUUUCUUAAAUCAUCGUACUGGUUCGUCCGAAUGUUUUGAAUUUAACUCAUUGUUUACUGUGGGCUAUGCUCAAGUGUAAAAGCACUUUCCUAUUAACUACGAUAACCGCCUGUUCCUGUGAACAAGUAAAAAUUUGUACUACUUCUUAGAAGUUAUGAACAACUGGCUUUGUUUCUCGCCAGAUUAGCUACAAUUUGCAGUGAUUUCUACAAAUCUGGCACCCAAGUAAAUACCGUCAUUGUCCAGGUCCAAAGAGACUAUACGGAGUCUAUAUUUGAUCGUUUUCAUUUUUUUAGCUAAAUUUUUAGCUAUAUUAUAUCAAUUUACUUCUUCCUCUUACUAGUUCUUUCUGAGAAGCCAAUGUUGCAGUCAUGAAGUACUUUAUUUCUCAAUUCUCCAGAUAUGGCAGACUGAACUGGUUUCGAAAAAGUGCUACUACAUUUACGCCUAAAAAUUUGAAAUCCUUGACUCCUUACGAAAUAAUGGAGCUUCCGAGAACAUGUACUCCAGCUGACAUCAAGAGAAAAUACAUAGAAUUGGUAAAGCUGCGUCACCCAGACAAGAACAAAAGUGGGUCCCCUGAGGAUGUUGCUCUGAAAGCACUUGAUGAAAAGAACCGGCAAGAAUACUUCCGUCUUCUGGUAGCUGCAAAGUCCUUGCUAACCGAUCAUCAACGGCGCCUCGAGUAUGACCGCUUUGGGUUCCACUGGAAUCAACUGUCUGGUUCACAACCUUCUCCUAAACCAUCGGCGAAUCCCAGAUAUCCUAUGUAUUCUCGUUACCGCCGCUCUUCUGGAAUGGGAAGCUGGGAAGAAUAUUACUACAACUCAUUUGAUUUUGAACAAAAUCAUAAAGCAAAGGGUGAUUUUAAAAAGGAAGACGACGAGGGAAUGAUAGUUUUUGCGGCUAUCCUUUCUUUACUUAUCAUCUUUUCGGUGUAUUCAAACUACAGAAAUUCGAAGUUUUACCGAGAAGCUCGUGCUGCUGCAAUUGAACAGUCAGAAGGCGAUUUUGGUGCUUACAGUACUGGAAUGUCUGAUUUAAGUAAGGACGAUCGUAUAUCACGAUUUUUGAUCAUUCGUGAUCAAAGCCUAAAGUCUGAUUCCUCCCCCUCUUCUUCCAGUUCUGAACUUCCAUUGCACACUUCUUCCCCUUCCUUGGCUCCGUCUUCUUCUUCUGAGUUAUCAUUACCUGCUCCUGCUUCUCCCCCCUCUUGAUGCUUCUAAAUAUUUAAGUUUUUUUUUCUGUCAACAUUUUUUCAUUUAAUCUAGUAUCUGUGCUACCACUGUCUUUAUUAUUUUUUCUAUUUUACCAUGUCUUAUGUUCGUUUUUCUAGCUGUUCUUUGAGUAUGAAAUCGCAUGAUUUAGUUUAGUUUUUGACCUAACAGCCAAGAAAACAUAUUGUAUUUACAACAUACUGAACUUAAUGAAAAAAAAAACUAAUUAUCCUAUUCUAUUUGAAAGGAGAGGAGGUAUUAAUGAUUAUAGUUAAAUAUGGAAUGGAAUUUCCUUAAAGAUGUCGGACACUUUGCGACACGGUUUCAUAAACAUAAAAUGUAGCAGCAUUCACGGGAGCUGCACGUACAAUAACUGGAAUGAAGCCUCUAUAAAACCCCUUCAUACCGGAGGUUGAAUAGAUUCCUUGAGCACAUUGCCAGGCAUUUUUAUAAAUAGCUUUCGAUGAGAAGCCGUCAGUCUGUAUUUUAGACUUGACAAUGUCGAAAGGAUAGGCUAAUAUCCACAUCGAGUAUCCACAUGCUGCACCAAAAACACAUAGUUUCCAACCUGGAAUUUGAGAACGGUCCUUCAAUUGAUGCUUUUCCAUGCUACGCUUUAUCAACGUUUCAUAAGUCAGAAAAUAUACACCUGAACCAUGACCUUCACGAAGGGCAGUAGGAAUAAACCCUUUCAUAAUUCCUUUUAUUCCAUAUUGAGAAGAGAUUUUCCUGAUACAAUCCAAUGGUCCACUAUACAACUUAUUGGCGUCCGUCUGGAUUUGAAGACGAAUACGAAUAUGCUCGACAGGACCCACUAAGAGCGAAUUGGCCAAUCCAGAGAUGGCACCGGCAGUAUAAAACUGAGGUACCGACAUGGGAUUUCCAUUACGACUGAAAAAUCGUUUGGUAUACUCAUAUGUAGCGAAUUGGAUGGAAACACAAAAUCCAAUUCCUAAGAGCGGCGUCACGGUACCUUUAUAAAAUGCCCCAAGACCUUCAUUUUUGGAUAUCUUUUUGACACAAUCUAUAGCAUUAUCGUACAGUGGAGAGCCAAAGCUUUGAGACUGAAGACGAACUUUUACACAAUCAAAAGGUUGACCGACUAAAACUUGUGCUAUACCUCCAGUUGCACCAGCAAAAAAGUCUUUUGCCUAGAUAAUUGUUGUUAGCUCGCGUUUUUUUGUAAACUUUUUAAAAAAGUUUUUCUGGGUCACCACUAAGUAGCGGGGGGCGAUUUAACCAAAUUUUUCUCUUUCUUUUUUAUAUUUUUUUCUCAAUAUUUACUACUUACCGAUUGUAAAAAUGCUCCGUCUGUCAUCUAAGAAAUAGCCCAAGAUGGUGGUAUGGUUUUCGCAAUUCAAGAAGUAAGCUAUGGUUACGACUGAAACGUUUAUGUCCUGACAAAGAAAUCCAGAAUUUAGUGAACGAGAAACUUUGAGAAGGAUAAAUAUCAGUAAGUUUUAUUUCAGUAUCAAGAUAAUCGGAAGUUAUCUUUCUGUUGGGUUCCUAAUGAUUGUGGUCUUUAAUCUAAUACAGUUCAUUGUUUCACUUAUAACCAGCCUAGUUUCUAUAUUAAUGAUAUUUUCUGUUAUGGAAAUAUAUGAUUAAAAAAUAAUACAAAGUUGUUCAGAUAGUGUACAGCAUUUGCUUGAUCAUAAA